AUGUCCCCAAAAGAAGACCAGUGCCGCGGCGACGAGACCACGGGCCUGUCCGAGUGGAAGACGCGGCCGCCGUACCUGGUGCACGACGACGGGGCGGACUUUGACGUCAAGUUGACGGCGAACUGUCACUGUGGGAAAGUCAAGUUUCAGUUGAGUAGGGCGGAGCCGCUGGAUAGUAAAUUGUGCCAUUGUACGACGUGUCAGGUGCAGCAUGCCGCACCCUUCCAAUGGGCCGCCAUCUUCCACAAAACCGACAUAAACUUCACCCACGGCCAUCACAACCUGGAAUGGUACGACCCCUCCUCCAAAUCCAUCGAGCACAAGCUCCCCUGCAAGGUGCGCUGCUCCUACUGCCACAGCCCCAUCAUGGACGAGGGCCGCAACAUGAUCCUCCUCUUCCCUUCCUUAGUGCACUUGAAAACCGAUGAGCAGAAAAAGGCGUUUAGGCCCAGGUGUCAUAUGUUUUAUGGGCAAAGGGUCGUGGAUGUGCCGGAUGGGCUGCCCAAGUGGUCGGGGAUUAAUAAUGAAAGUGAUUUGAUCGAGGAUAGUCCGCCGGAGAAGGUUAGGGAGUUGGAGAGGAAGAGGGAGAGGGAGAGGGAGGAGAAGAUGGGAGAUAACCCGGACGAAGCGACGAAGGAGGGCACGGGGGUCAAAUAA